AUGUCUGAUUCGGAUCCUGAAACCAUCCCGCCCGAUUCGUGUUCUGAAGACGAGGACUCGGAUAGGAAUUUAUACCGAAAUUUCGUGUUGCAGACAGAGCUCCGAGAGGCCAUUGAAAGAAUCCAGGCCUCGGAGGUGCAGGGACAGGAUUCAGAUCACUUCGAGGAUCCAGAUCCAGACGAUGAGCUACGAAUAAGAGCUGGACUCUCCUACUUCAGCGAACAUGGAGCUGGGCUUCCACCCAAGAAUGUGCAUGCCGUGCGACGGCACUUGUUUUGGGAAAGGCACAAGAUUCGCAAUCCUGCUGAGAAGGGAGAUCUUUGGAAACACGAUGACGACACCUCGCUAUUGGACGUGGUGAGAGCUCAAAUUAUGGAAGAGCUUUUUCGGAAGGUGUACCACAGCAAGGUGCAGAGUGUGCCACCAUUGGACCGUCCUCAGUUCUUCAUGGAUACGCAAAAAGAGAUCUCUGAGAUGUCUUCAGAGGACUUGUGGAAAAACCUGGGCUAUUCUGCGGACUGGCAUCGCAUUUCGAAAAGGAUGAUGGUCAGAGGAUACCCCCACUCUGCAAAGGAAUGUUACCUCCGUUAUCUUCACAAGCUACACCCUUUAUUGAAGAAGGGUCGCUUUACCAAGGCGGAGGAUGUGGCCUUGUUGCAGCUUUCCUCUCGCUAUGAAGGCUUCGAUUGGGAUCAAAUCUCCCAGCACAUGCCGACGGGUCGCACCGCCUGGAGAUGUUUUGAAAGGUACCAGAAAAGCCUGAACAAUGGAAUUGUCAAAGAAGGCUGGCAACAACAUGAGCUGGAUCACUUGCGUAAAACCGCUUUGGAAUUGGGUUUCUUGCCUACUUAG